UGUUUUGAUUUUAUAUUUAUAAAUUUAAUAGAGUAUUUUGUUUUACAGGCUCAUGAUAUCAAAACAGAACCUGAGUCAUAUAUAAAAUUUGAAGGAAAUUAUGAAUCUGAUAAAAUAAAUGAGAAUGAAAUUUCAAAUUCUGCUUCAGAUUCACUAUAUCCAAGUAUAAAUAAUGAUAUUAAAGAAAAUAAUACAAAUGAUACAGAAUACUUUCAUGAGAAAUCUAAACUUCUCUUCCCUCCAAAAGAAACCAAUGCAACAUCUCUUCUUUAUAAAGGAAAUGAUACUUCCAUGCCUAACAUAAAUCAUUUCAAACGGCAGUCUAUUGAAUAUAAAACUGAAGUCAACAAAGGUAUGUGAAUUAUAUUAUUUUAAAAAUUAAAACAAAUGGUUUUUUAAGUAUCAAUGGAAUAUUA